UGAGGACCUCGGGCUCAAAGGAGAGCGGGCAUUGAUCUUAAAGGAAGGGGACGAUUCCCGAGCGAGAGCAAUGGAGAGGCAGAAGAUCGGAGAAUUCGGGGCGCCUGAAGUGUGGGGGUUCUCUCCCAAAACUCCGGAGCCUGAUUCUGAUGCGAACACCCCAGAGGAAGAAGAGGCAAAUGCUAAGAAAAUCCCUGUUCCUUCAGGAGAAGAAAGCAAGAAGAGAAAGAAGAAGAGAAGUCACUCCAAGGAUAGAGUUAAGAAAAAGAGGAAGAAGUCCAAAAGCAGCCAUAAGAAAGAUGUAGAGGGCACAGACUCAAAGGGGAAGCGCAAAUCAAAGAAGUCCAAGAAAAGCAAGAAGAAGAAGAAGGAGAAGAAGAAGAAGCAUCACGAGAAGAAGUCAAAAAAGUACAAGUGUGAGAAGACUCACAAGAAAGAACCAGAGAAAUCAAGCAACAAAGACUCUGUUGACAAACUUAUAGAAAAUCCUUGGCUGAACAAAUCACCAGAGAAUGUACAAAGAGAGAGAUCGGAUGGACUCGAAGCUCCCAAAAUAUAUUCUGUUCAAGAAGAUAAGCCUUUGAACUUCGGUCACGCUCUAUUGCCUGGCGAGGGUGCGGCCAUGGCUGAAUUUGUGAAGGCUGGAAAGCGGAUCCCUCGGAGAGGAGAAAUUGGCCUGACCAGUGACCAGAUUUCAGGUUUUGAAUGUUCAGGCUAUGUCAUGAGUGGGAGCAGGCACCGUCGAAUGGAAGCCGUCCGUCUUCGCAAAGAAAACCAGAUCUACAGUGCUAAUGAGAAGCGAGCCCUGACCUCAUUCAACCGGGAGGAGAGGCAGAAGAGAGAAAGCAAGAUUCUGGCCAGCUUCAGAGAUAUCAUCUAUAGAAAGACAAGGGGGAAGAAUGGGAGAUAAGGAUUUUUCAUAGUUACAGAGCAGAAACUUAAAUGACAAAUAUCUUUAUAUUAAUUUUUCCAUUUUUCUUACGCACACAAUUUGUAUUUGUGAAUGUGCCUUUCCUGGAGCUAGAUC